UUUUACCCUCUCUUAUUAAACAGACAUUUCUUCAAAUUUGAAAUUAUUAACUGCAAUGUAACACAUUCUAACUUACUAUUUGCUUAUAUUCUAAUUUAAGUUUAUUUUCAGGAUCCAGUUAAUUUUUUGUAACAUGUUUAUGAAUUCUUUCUUUAAAUCUUGCGACAUUUGUACAUUACACCACUCUGUCAAAGGCACCUCCAUGUCAAAAGCAGCAGGAACUCCAUCAGUCAUUGGUGGAUCAAAGGAUCCAGUUAAUUUUUUGUAA